AUGAUAGCCGAGGACGAGGGUGGCGAAGAAAUCAACGAACCUGAUACCCUUAUUAGGAAACUGGAACUUGAAGUCAAGGGUCAUGAACCAGCUGUCCUAAAGAGCUACGAAUCAUUUGUCCAGAAAGUUUGUGGUCACCUGGAUCUUCAUUGCAAUGUUGAAACGCGUCAUUCGCCAAUAUUUGACCGCCUCUCGUUGAACAAGUCACCAUUCAUUCACAAGAAACACCAACGCCAAUAUGAGUUCCGCACUUACGUGAAGACUUUCACGAUCCCCCACCUGACAGGAUGCACGGCGAGUGUCUUCCUCGAGUACAUACAACGAAAUCUUCCCGCGGGCGUCCACAUGACUGUUAUACAGCAUCGUGUUGAACCUCUCCCCGAAGCUCUACAACGACCCAUUGAAAGUGAUGGACAGCACUGA